UUUGAACGUUUAGUUUGCUGUUUCCAGUGAAAAAAUAUUCUAGAAGUUAAAAAGUAAGAAGAUGGUCAUGGAGGCAUCUCCCUCUCCGCAGAGUGUCGGUCGUGAGUUCGUCCGACAGUAUUAUACAUUGCUGAAUCAGGCGCCUGCCCAUCUCCACAGGUUCUACAAUCAGCAUUCUUCCUUCGUGCACGGCGGAUUGGAUUCUAAUCGAGAGUGUACCCCGGCGAUCGGUCAAAAACAAAUACAUCAGAAGAUUCAACAACUGAAUUUUCGCGAUUGCCAUGCCAAAAUAAGCCAAGUUGAUUCUCAGCUUACUCUUGAAAAUGGGGUUGUUGUCCAGGUAUCCGGAGAACUGUCUAACGCCGGACAACCAAUGCGUCGAUUCACUCAGACUUUCGUAUUGGCUGUGCAAGCACCCAAAACUUAUUAUGUGCACAAUGAUAUCUUCCGUUAUCAAGACUUGAUAUUCCCCGAUGAGGAUGAAGCUGAUGUAAGUGCUGGAGAUAGUGGUGAGAGUGGUGAAAGAGAAGUGGAGGAAAUUGGUCGAUCUGAACCUGAGGAAGAUGAACAUCAAACUCAGGCACAGCAACUGUCGACUCCUGCUCAAGCUACUGAGCAGCAAGCUCAACCACCUCUCAUUCCGACUCAGCAACCUCCGCUGCAGCAACAGCAGCCGAUGUAUUACGCUGCGCCACCCCAACCACAUGUUCAUCCGGUGAUACAGCAAGUAUUAAACGGAACGGUGCACGAGGAGGUAAUCAAUCAACAAGCGCCACAGCAGCAGCAGCAACAGCAGCAGCAGCAGCAGCAGCAGCAACAACAACAACAACAACCGCCGCCACCGCCUCCUGCACAGCAACAUCCAUAUAUAGCUGAACCAGCUGCUCAAUCUCAGUUUGUACAGGAGGCAGAGCUCAGCAAUGGCGAGCAGCCACAACAGCAAAGUGAGAACGAGCCACAGGCCCAGACAGAGGAGAGAAAUGAGCAGCCUGAGACAGAAGCAUUUACUGCAUCCGCACAAGAGACCGAACCCGAACAUCAGGUAUCCAGCGCUACUGUCAACAGCAGCGGACCCAAAACGUAUGCUAAUUUGGUAAAGUCUUUCCCAAGCGGUCCUACUGGUGCUACUAGUCCUCAAGCUCCUAAAUUAUCCAUAUCUCCGCCACCUAUGACGAAUCUACGUCUGGACGAUAGGUCGCCAUUACAUCCUACAAAUAACGGACCGACAUCUAUGUCUGUAUCCAAUAAUGUAUCUACAGUUCAGCAACAGGCGCAUCGAGUGGGCGGAAAUCAACCACCGCAACAACAGCAGCAUCCUCAGCAGCAACGCGUUCCGAGAGGAGGAUUAGUUCAAAGAGGUAAAAAGAACUGGGAACUAGUACAAAGGGGACUAAUACAAAGGGGAAAAGAUGGAGAACGUCGUGGCACAAGACCGGGACAGUACAGCGACGCUCAUCAACUUUUCCUGGGCAACUUACCACACAACGCCUCUGAAAAUGAUUUGCGUCAAGUAUUCGAACGUUAUGGUAGAGUUGCUGAGUUACGCGUGCAUAGUAAAUCGAAUGACAGAUGUAAACCGCAAGGAAACAAUACCGCUCGAGUACCUAAUUAUGGAUUUAUCACGUUCGAGGAUCAACAGGUUGUGACUAAGGUGUUAAAUUCCUUGCCCAUUUAUUAUCCUGACGAGAGUGGACAAAAAUUGAACGUAGAGGAAAAGAAGGUGAGACCCAGGCCCAUGUUGGAUGGUAGUGGUGGCAGAUUGAACUCCGGCGAUGGUGGCAUGCGCUCCAUGGGUGGUCAACAACAACAACAACAACAACAACGUGGACCAGGUGGACCCGGAGGCGUAAUGAGAGGUGGACAGCACGGUGCACGGGGUGGCCGUGGAGGUUUUUCACGAGGUGGUGACGGCGGUAGGGGUGGCGGCAUGCGACAGCCAGGCAAUCCGAGUAAUCCCGGCUACCAAAAUCGUCGCUAAUACCGGCCAUACUAC